AACAAAGAUGGCGGCGUUCGGAUACUGUUUGUACUAAAAUCACCAAAAAAGACCUCAAAAUAUCUAACUGAUUGAACCGAUUCCCAAAUUUAGUAACGCAAUAACAUACAAGACUUAUUGUGUUUGUAUACAGAAACUUUAGCUAGCUGGUCGUGGUCAAUCAUCUCAAGAUGACAACCAUUGAAACACCUGAUGGCCCCACUGAGGUCAUUAAUGCUAGAAGGACAGAAUCCCUUGAUGCACCAAGUAUUCAGGGGCUUGUCCAGCCCAGUACGGAGGCUCUUUUUGGCAGGGUCAAUGUUGUCAACCUGAUAGAAAAAGCUGUCCUUGCUGUUACUUUGAGCAAUGAGAAGGAAGAAUUACUCGGACAUGCUGCUUUAUUUGACUACCCAAAUCUUCCAAGUGUGGAUCCUGCUGAGUGGGAAGGCUGGCUAAAUUCACACUAUGACUGCAAGAAAUCAACUGCACUCAACACAAUGUUUUUGCAUUACUUUGUGGCAAAGCAAGAGUACUCCCAUGGCUGUGCUAAAGAGAUCAUUCGGACUGUCUUCAAUGCUGUUCCUGACACUCAUUACAUUUACCUAAUCGUCCCACAAGGAGUUUUCCCAGAUUCUGCUGUCUCUGAGAUCUUCAAGCCAAUGGAGAAGUUGGGUGGUUCCAAGGGUCCAGAUGGUUGUGUUGUCUUUGUCUGCAAGAGACAUGAUCAUGUUCCAGUACUUCACAUCAGGCAGGCUAGAGUUCAAGACCAUGAUGACCUGACACCGAUUUUCAAUCGCCAAAGUGACAUGCUGAGAAAUACAUAUGGAGACUACUUUCUCGCUGAACUGAUUGAAGCUCAGGAUGAGGAUAUGCAGUGUUUAGUUGCUGAGGAAAUUUCAAUCACUGAAACUGAACACACGACUGUGGUUGAAGGUACAGCUGUUGGAUUUAUGAGUAUCUGCUCCGAAGUCAACGUGAAUCUCCUGAAUGAGUGUUUUGAACUUGGUCCAUUCCAUGGUUUGAGGAAGGAGCAUCCUGAUGAUGUUGUGAUUGCGCCAAAGACGCCAUCACCCUCUCCUCCACCAGAAGAGGAAGCCCAAUCUUCUAGACAAGGGUCUCGUCCUUCAUCAGCUGGGUCGGCCAAGUCUGCAGGAUCUAAGAAGUCUGCUUCAAGUGUAAGAGAGGGCUCUAUUCCUGAAGGCGAAGCAGAAAAGCCUGCUCGGACAAGCAGCGCAAAGAGUGAGAAAAGUACUGCUUCCAAAGGGAGUCUCCAGGCAGAUGAUGAAACUGUUAUCCGUCGUAGAUUGAGUGAUGAGCCAAUGGGAAGUCAGGCCUCACUGCUAAGUGAGCAUGGCAAGGAUGACGGUAGCGACAAGUCUGUUAGCUUACCAGGAUCUGCCAAGUCUGAGAAGAGAGUUGAGUCACAAGCAUCUGUUUUGCCAACUCCUAAAGUGAUCACGCCCCAUGCUAGACUACCAAAGAGAUUCGUCCCUGAGUACUACGGCGAAGCAAAUGCAUUCUCUAUACAGUUAUUCUGUAUUGACGAACGAUUUGAAAUGAGAUCUGCUGAUUUCCUGAACAAAGCCUUCGAACUGUUCCCUAAUCUCGACUUCGUCAUUAUUACCGUUCCACACCUUGUUCCAGAGUUCCCACUCCUCCAACAGUUUGUGCGUGUCACCCCAAGAACACCAAGCGUCCUCUCACAAGAACUGUACAUUUUCAACAAAUCUGGACUUAUCAAGAACUUCGAUGUACGCCCAGCCUGCACUAAGGACUUAGCAGGUGUUGAGAAGUUGGUGCAAACCAUUGAAUUGCAUGAGAAUCUCCUUGACGAUCUGAAGCAGUUCAACAAAAUGAGAAGAGACAGCGAUGGAACAGAGAUUCAAGCGUUUGUGGCAGAAUGUCUUGGCCAAGUGGUUGGCAUUGCGAUCAUACGAAGAGAAGAGGAUAUCGAGUUCAUCAGGUCGCAUUACAACAUUGAGGAUUUCAUCUACUUCAACCAUCACAGGAGAGAUGAGCAUGGCCAUCUUCACCACUUUGCUUUGAAUCCAAUCUUUGCCCACUACUCGAAAUACUUCCUCAAGGAGGUGCUGAGACUUGGCCACAAGACUUGCCUCUACUACCCUGUCUAUCCCCCCUAUGUUGACAAACAGGUUUUGCAGAAACACUCCUUGGUGUCGGCCCUGAACGACAUGGUCCCUGUCCGAUCCCGCCGACAAAUUACAUAUCCUCAGAAUGCCCUUGGUGGGAAUUCUCCCUCAGAGAGAGUACUGGCGUCACCUGAGCCAUAUGCUCUCAGUCACAUCAACAGGAAGCUGACCCUUGAGCCCAAAGUGACCAUCAAUGCUAGAAUUGUUGUGGUUGGAGCAUCAGACGUCGGUAUUGGGUUCCUUGAGACAUUUGCUUUUUGUCCACAUUUACGAUUCAAUAACCUGACCCUGAUUUCCCCUCAUGGUUUGCCAGGGGAGUUACCACCAGAUGAACUUCGGGACUCAAUGCUUGGGUCAAGCCUUGCCUACGAUCAGGAUGACUACACCAAAAUCUCACUGCGAACCUGGGUCAAUGUGGUCUACGGCAGCAUGACCGCCAUUGACAGGAACAAGAAACAUGUAGUCGUCAAUGACAGCACGAUCGUUCCCUUUGAUCAUCUGAUACUGGCCACGGGAAUGCAGUACCAUAUCCCCGCACCGAACGAGGCGGAUAUUUCUAAGCUUGUCACAAGCAAUGAAGCACCUUAUGGACCUGAUCGCCGCUUCAUGGGAGAAGUACCAAAGAAUGUUUUCACCAUCAACGAUGCUUACGAUGCAGCUGUUAUCCUGUACUGGAUCGAGAAUAACUUUUUGAAUAAGGCUGGCAAGGCUCUUAUCUAUGGGAACACACUGGAUGCAUACUGCUCGAUACAGGCACUCAUCAGCAUGGGUGUGUCUGGAAACAGAAUCAUCAUGGUCCAGCCUCCCUUACAGCAACAGCCUUAUUUUCAGACAUGUUUCAACAACCCGGAUGUGGAGACCGCCGUCACCGAUGCCUUGAAGGAAGCUGGUGUCCAAAUUCAUCAGGGGUACCUUUUAGCCGAAUGGAACGAUGGAAAUGGUGGGCCAGAGGUCUACUCCGCAUCAUUCACGUCCAGCACUAAACCUAUUCGAUUUGAGUGCUCAGCAUUUUUCUGCUACUACAGAAAGGCUGUCGAUGUUCAAGCAUUUAAAUCAAUCAACAAUGCCUGUCUGGUGUAUGACGGCAAGCUGGUCAUCGAUGCUAACUUCCACACAAAUGAUGUGUCCAUUAGAGGCGCUGGCACGUUGACCAAGUUCCAGAGAAAAUACCAUGCCGAUCAGUGGACGCAUGCCAACUUCAACUCAAAAGAAGUAGGAAUGCAGCUGGCAAAUACUAUGUUAACAUUGUUUGACCCAACACUGGAGCCAGAACCAGAACCACCAGCGGAGCUGAUGAAACUCAUCCCUAUGUACAGGGCACCGAAGAUGCAAGCAGGUAUUCUUCCUGGUGACUUCUGGUACGUCCAUGUGUGCAAACCAGGUCUGAACACGCCAUUGGAUACUCAGAUGGCGCAGAGUGAUUAUGGCGAUGAGAUCAUCACUGGCAGUCCCAACAGCAACAAGGAUUAUUUCCGUCUACAUAUCAACCAGUACAAGUCAAUAGAGACUAUAACAUGUCUCUCCAAGAAGCCCCUACCUACCAGCAACAUUUUGUGCCUGUACGGUCUCCACGAGCGAUACCUUAACAACUUGAUGUCAAGAUUCGGUGAAGGACUUGUCAAUGAUCUGUAUGAGUUCUUCGGUGAAACAUGGUGCCUUGCAAUCUUCCAUGACAGAUUCGCUGACUUCAGAGAAGAGAUCCGGGAACUGUUGCUUACAAGACCAGCUGAGGAUGUUCCCGCGCUCGAAGAGAAGGUUCGUGAAUUGAUUGAGGAUGAUUUAAUGUUGAGCAAAGCAAACAGAAGCAGAUUGACGAACGAUUUCAAAGAGAGUGGCGCCAAGCGUGCAGUGGAAACCCGGCUUCUUAGCUUCCUUAGUUACAACUACUACCACAUGCCCAUGUAUGCCAAGCCAGGCAUGGUGUAAACGUACAGGUGGAGUCUGAAUCCAGUAAAAGAGACUAUUGAUUUGUGUGGAGCUGGAUCCUUAAAGGCAUACGCUGUUUGUUCAGAAUUUGAAAUUGAUUUCGACAUUUUUCAAUUAUGUAAAUAGACAUUGAAUAUACAUUUCAACAUAGCUGUUGUGUGUGCUGAUAUAGACAUACUCUACAAGUCAAGUUUCAUCACAUUGACAUAUCUGGUGACUGAACAUUGGCCAUGUUCAUUUCACUUCUUUGUUGCACAGACAAAAACAAUGUACAUGAACAGCGUAGGCCUUUAAAAGAAAAAUCCAGAGCUUGACUUGUUUUAACUUUGAGCAAAGAAACGUUUGACAUUUGAAAGAAGGUCAGUUGAAAAGUUAAAAGAAAACUGUUUACGUUUUGUUUUCAGCUGAUGUUGUUAUUAGCACACAGUGGUCACAUUAUCAGUCAUAUUCAGAUCUCUCUGUUAGAAAGUUCGACUGUUGCAGACUAGGUUGAAGUGCCUUGCUUUGGCAUAUUACCUAAACUUUUGUGUUUCAUGGUUAAGUUGAUGAAACUCUUUACGAAAAGGGAAUAAUGUUGCUUCUAGGCCAACUGUGUUCUGACUGGCUGGACACUCCAAUUGAGUGUGGUUCAUUCGCCUGAGAAUAAAUGUCGAUUACAUUGGUUACAUAUAGAAAGUAUUUAUUUAGAUAAACAGAAUCCUUUUCGAGGCCAGCCCCUGACAGUUGUAAGAAAAUUUUCAAGGAAACAUUCAAAGUGCACUGUGUUAUUCACCGUCCAACAUAUUGUAUUUAUUUUGUAUAUAUUUCAACUGUGAUACGCUUUAUAUACUACCAUAUAGAAUUUCAAAUACAUGUU